UCUUCCUUGUUUCUUUACUCCUGAAAUUUGAGGACUUUUAGGUGACUUUAUAUAUAUUUUUCUUUUACCAAACCAUUUCUUGUUUUUUAAUAUAGGAUAACCCGCUAAUUAAGAUAAACCUAGAACUUUCUGAGAUUGCAAUUUUCGUUCUUCAGUUUGGUUAUAUUUCAAAUCGAUUGUUUUCCUCAUUAUUUGAUUGCCGCGAACUUAUUGUGCUCUGGAAAAGUGAUCGUAUUUCAAAACAGCAUUUUGCUAUUGUAAAAUCCUUGUUUUAAUUUCCAAAAAUCCUUGUUUUAGCAUCUUCUUAAUUUUUUUUUCAUUUUCUAUUUCCGAUACUAGCUAGCAUUUGUUUUCUUCAUUUUCUUAUGUAAAUAAAUAGAAAACACCCGACUUCAAGAUCUAUGCAACUUACAAUGGCAAGCUCAAGUAUGAAAAGCCUAUUGAAAGGCCUCCGAUACAUUUCUCAAGUAUUUGAAAGCGGAAAAGAAGAAGAAGAGAUAGAGAUAGGGAAUCCAACGGACGUAAAGCAUGUUGCCCAUAUUGGUUGGGAUGGACCAUCUGCUACUCCUGCCUCUGCGCCAAGCUGGAUGAACGAGUUCAAAAGUAGUGAUGGAUUCGAAUCUGGCCAAGGAGGCGGAGAAGAUGAUUCAUCUGCGAGAUGUAUGUCUGAAUGUGGCGGUCAGACCAGAGAUUUACCAAAACUACCAAAAUCUACGAGGAAAGCGGCUUCCGAAAAAGGUUCUCCGACAAGGGAAAUAUCAUCGGACAAAACUAAACGCAGGUCUUCGAAAAAAGGAACAACAUCAUCGUCAAGAAGACAAAAGGAAGUGUCUGAACUAAAAGAGUUUUCUUCGUGGUCUAGUCCAAGUACAGGAACAUUACCGGAAGUUCCUAAGAAAUCAAGGAGGAAGAAGAAGGCUAAAGAAACUGGAGGAGGAGGAUCAACUAGAUCAAUUAGAAGAUCUGAUGUGGAUAACAUGUCUGAGACUGGUUCUGUGAGAUCUAUGCCUCAAUUCGACAACAGAGAUGACUUUUGAAAAUAAGAGACAGAAGAAGAGUUUUUCAUGCUUGGACAUGUAUGGCUAAUCAAUCCUCACUGAACAUACCAAUAUUAGAAUAUCUUCUUUAGCCUCCAGUCUUUGUACUAGUACCAUUCACUUUAAUUACAACAAUACUCUUAUUUUUUUUUUCUAUAUAUAACCGGAGAACUUGAACCU